UCUAAGCAUCGAAAAAAAAAAAAAAAAAAAAAACAACUAUAUGAACAAAAUCCCAACUUACCCCGAGAGAGAUUAUAGUUCCAGAGAUAGGAAUAAUAGUGAUUCUGAUUCAGAAAUGGUGCCGAAAAUCUUUGGUAAUUUCGCAAUAAAAACAAAAUAUGGAGCAUUGGCUGCCACGGCGACACCGUUCGUGGUGUUUGGCGGAGUUUAUAUAGCAUGGGCUUACCUGAAUCAGGCUUGGCAGAGAAGGAAAGACGAACAGCGCCGUCAUCGUCGAGUUCUGUCUAGGUCCGUGUCGAUUGGUGCUCUCCAUAGUGGAAACCUGGCGUUGCAGAGAUUGAUUAUGUAUCAUGAAGCUCGAGCGAAUGAUAAAACAUUGGAGACAGCUGAGUGCCAGUUGAGGAUUUUACUUACGGAAGAAACCCUUGAUUUCCAGAAGCUACAGAUGGUUAUUCCAAAAAUGGAAAUGAGUGGAAAAGAAGAGCAAGCGGUGGAUAUGCUGGAAAAAGCACUGACAAAAGCCAAUGGAGAGGGAAAAAAACAUGAAGCAUAUGAAAUCGGGAUGUUAAUUGUGGAAAUGCUCAUUUACAAGGGUGAUUUGUCCAAGGCCAAAGCCUGUGAUUGCUUAAAUGAUGAACAUCAUGAAGUGAUUUCGGAUGCUCGUCGCCCACUCUAUAAGGCAAUCAUCCACAUCAUGGUGGAUGAUGAGGAGAAAAUAGCUAAAGAAAGUUGGGAUGAGUUCAGUAAUAUAAGAGAAGACCUUCAUUGUCCACCUACCUUUCGAGAAAGCAUGGAAGAAAUUGGAAUCCAAAAUCUCAGCACAAAUUUCGAUGAAUUUAAGAAGGUUGUUAAGAGGCUUAAAGAUGAUAUCGACAAGCAUAUCAAGAAGGCUAAGGAAAAGAAGGGGCAUAAAUAAUUAAUGUUAAUUAAUUAACUAACAAUUUCCAGAGAAACAACAAAAAUAAGUUUAUUUUUUAUUACUACCUCAUACAGUUUGACAUAUUUAUUUAUUUGUUUAAUUAUUCAGUUUGUCCAUGUAUAAUUUAAUCCUACUAGCAAAACCAAUGAAUGCUGUUGAUUUUUUUUUUUCCUUUC